GGGAUGCACAUGCCACGUGCUAUCCAGCCGCUGUCAUUUGGCGCGGUCUCCGGAUCCGUGUCUGGUUAUACUCUAAAGCAGCAGCAGCUUGGAUGUUCGUCGACGUCCUUGCGCAGCUAUGGAGCGAUUGGGGGCUCCGGUUCUCUGUAAUUUCCAGCUUGGUGACAAUCGUCGUCCUCAGCCUCUUGUCCUGGACACGCCGGCGCUCGACGUCCGGCCGCUGGCGGUCGAUCCUGCUGUGGUUCGUGACGCGCGUUGUCUGGUUGGCAUACCAGGGCGCCGAGAUAGCCGCGACGGGCGCCCUCGGAAGCCUGUCCCUCUCCGGCUCCGAUGGGUCAGCGGAGGAGCAGCAGGUGAUAGCGUUCUGGGCGCCGUUCCUGCUGCUGCACCUGGGCGGCCCGGACACCAUGGCCGCCUACGCGCUGGAGGACAGCGCCUUGUCCGUGCGCAAGUUCCUCGAGAUGGUCUUCCAGGUCGGGGGCGCCUUCUACGCUCAGUACAAGUACAUAUAUCGCGCGCGCACCUGGACGCCGCUGGCGACGGCGUCGGCCAUCAUGUUGCCCAUAGGCAUUGUCAGGUAUGUGGAGAAGUGGUACGCGCUAUGGAAAUCCAAAAGCAUGAUGGAGGAGGAGGAGGGGGAGGAGGAAGAGGAGGAGAAGAAGAAGGUCGCGGGCGCGGGACCGGGACCGGGACGAUUCACAUCCGCAACAAGCAGCAACGACGCGCUGUGCCUUGCUCAGGAUCUGUUCCAUGUCUGCCGUCGUGCCUUGUCCGAUUCUUCGGUGCUCCCGGGCACGGAGAAGCAGCGUGCCAGCGAGGAGAUCUUCCUGCUGGGAUGGGAGCGCAUGUGCAAGGUGGUGGAGAUGGAGCUCUCGCUCAUGUACGAGGCCCUGUACACCAAGGCCAUCGUGCUGCACACCUGCCCGGUUGCAGGCUACCUCAACCGUCUAGUGUCGCCCCUCGCCACCGCUGCCGCAGUGUUGCUCUUCAACCAGUAUAUCGGCAGCCGCAGCCGCCGGGCCAUCAUCAUCAGGAGAUCUUUCGUCGACAUCACCUACCUCUUGCUGGUUGUUGCCUUCGCCAUGGACCUGAUGUGGCUGCUCAGAGCCCUUGGUUCUACCUGGACGUACGCCGCCCUCAGAGAGGCGCGGCCAUGGGCAUGGUGGCUUCGCCACCACUUGCUGUGCAGCGGGAGAUGGCGCCGGAUCCACCGCGCCGUCGACGCCCUGCAUCCGUUGUCGUGGUUAUUCGGCAGCGAUCCAGUUAGCUACUACAGGACGUGGUCGGGCACCAUCGGGAGGUACAACCUGCUGCAGGCGUGCAGCGUUGCUGCUGCUCACCGUGGUGCCCGCCGUCCAUGGUGGACGCGGUUCGGGAGCUGGCUGGAAAAAAAAUUGGAGCUGGAGGAGACAGAGUAUCUGCGUGAGCUUCCUCAGGACGUCAAGGAAUCGCUGAUCCAGCGAGUGCAGCGAAUACUGGUGUCGACCAAAAAUAAUAAUGCUGAUAAGAAGACGGAUGAGAAUGGAAUUGGAUGCCGCUACACCCUGGUAGACAUCAGGACACUCUGGGGUCAGCAGGCCCUGGAGGACGCCAAGACGAACCUGUUCGGUCGCGGCCGUAAAAAUGGUAGGAAAACAAGUAACAAGAAACCGAAAUUGCCCAGCUUCGGCCGUGAAUUCGAGGAGGACGUCCUCAUGUGGCAUAUGGCCACCUGCAUUCUCUUCUCGUCAUCAAGCGGCAAGGAGAGCAUAGUCAGCAUACCAGGGGGAUCCUCGGCCGACGCCGCCGAUGCCCAUGUGACGGCGAUCAAGGUGAUGUCAGAAUACCUCAUGUUCUUCGUCGCUGUACGUCGACACAUGCUGCCUGGCCUUGUGCUCCACAGCCUGCUCGAGAAAAUCCGCCAAACUUUGCACGAGAUAUGGGACGACGGCAAGAAGAAAACUACUGGUGGUUCGUCGUCGUCGUCGUCUACAGCAGCCAAAGAUACUCCGCCUCCUCAAGACAAGCUUGCCGAAAUGCUGCUAGAGAGACUGAAAGCAGGUCGGAGAUGGUUUGACCGAAACGAAGGCAGGCUCGUUGUUGGUAAUGCAGCUGCGCUUGCUAAUACACUAAUAGAGGCUGGCAUCAGUGUGCAGAAGCGACAGCAAGUGCCGCAGCUGCUGGAGUUCAUCUUCAACGUGUGGGUGGACAAGCUGCUCUAUGCGGCCGCCAGAUGCAGCGUGGAGAGCCAUGCCAAGCAGCUCAGCCGCGGCGGCGACCUCACCACCAUACUGUGGCUUAUUGUCCAACAUGCUGCCCUAUUUCGCAUCGGAGAAUUAAAACCGAAGGAAGAGCCUCAGGAGGAGGAGGAGAAGAAGAAGGAGGAGGAGGAGGAGAAGAAGAAGAAGGAGGAGGAGGAAUUGAAGCCUUUCUGGCCACAGUAUCCAAUGCCAGCGCCACCGUCGAAGCCAGCAUAUGCAUAUCCAGUUCAUUACAUUGCAGAUGAAGAAGAAUCUGACGAUGCCGAAGAAUCUGACGAUGCCGAAGAAGAUGAUGACAUGACGAGGCAUGCUAUACUGUACUAGUUUAUAUUCGUGCGUUGUAACGAGACCAAAUAUAGUCUCAUUAAAUUAAGUUUACAUGUCUCUACUGUAUCAUUAAAACAAUAUGGUGUUUAAAUGUGAUUUUUGUAUCA